AUGUCCGCCAAACCUCCCACCCAACCUACGUUGCCGCUCAGUCGGAAUCGCAACUCUCUUUUCUCCAAAUUUCGCUCCCCGCUCGGCCAACGCAAUCGAGGCAUCACCGACUUUUAUAUCGAUCCCGAUGACCCAUGGCGCUCAUAUUUUCCCGGCGACGUCAUAAAGGGGACCGUCGUUGUGACGGUUGUACGGCCUGUUCGCAUUACACAUAUAGUGGUCUGUCUACACGGUUAUGUCAAGGUGUUCAAAAACGCGAUUCCAGCUGGGGAAGCCACCCCCGACCUGGGAUUCUUAGGACCAGGGCGGGGGCGACGUGGCGCAGAAUAUAUGGGUAAUGGAUUAGCAACCUUGUUUGAGGAUGAGGUUGUUCUGUGUGGCGAUGGACGCCUGAAAGAGGGCAUCUACAAAUUUCGCUUUGAAAUGGGGCUUCCGCCUUAUGCGCUUCCCAGCAGCAUUAACUUCGAACGCGGAACCAUCGGCUACUCACUUACCUCUACUCUUACCCGACCGACGACCAUGAACCCUACACUCACCUGCCGAAGGCGGGUCAACCUUCUAGAAAACAUCGACAUUGCACCAUUCCCCGCACCCAAAGCUCGAAUUGUCACGUUGGAACCGAUCUCAAAACGCUCAAAAACGAGGGGCAAAGCCAAAUCAACAAGUUCAGACGCAACCGCAGCACCAGACACAUCCUCAAUCGAUACCCCAAUAAGUGGCGCAGCGCCCUCGGUAGAUACCAGACCACCACUCAGUCCAUCGCCGAGCAAUGUCAGCUCGUCCAGCCGACCGAGCGAAAGCAGUUUGAGCUUUCAGAUCGCUAGUGAUCCGAGUUCAUCCGCAAGUACCGGUGGGCGAAAUAGCGAGGGUCGCAGUGCGACCCCUUCCGUCUCAGAUAAAACCAUCACCGCAAAGGCUGAGCUUUUGCGCGCCGGCGUACUCCCCGGCGACACAUUACCCAUCACAGUCACGAUAAACCAUUGGAAACAAGUGCGCAGUGCGCAUGGCAUCAUGGUAACUCUCUAUCGACAAGGUCGCAUCGAUUUACAUCCCGCAAUACCUAUCGGCUCCACGACAGCUGGCAAAAAGCCCGUAUACGAAGACUGUUAUCCUCGCUCACGGACCGGACUUGGAGGACUCACGUUGGGAACAAGUCGAACGAGCAGCACAUUUCGGAAGGAUCUGUCGCAAACGUUUGCCCCUUUGAUCGUGGACCCGAGUACCAUGACUGCAGUUGUCAAAACUUCUAUCAGGAUCCCCGAAGACGCGUUCCCAACCAUUACACGUGUACCCGGGGCCAUGAUAAAUUUCCGCUACUAUGUGGAGGUUGUAACGGAUCUACGAGGGAAGCUUACUUCGCCUGAUCGCUUCAUCCCGCGUUUCAACAUGGUAUCAGGCGGUACUACCUUCUCGCCCAGCGGGCAGAUUCUCAACCCAACCGAUUCAAACGGCGUUACUGCCAAUUGGGCCGGCAACAUCUUGGACACGGAUUCAAUACGCCGCGAGAAAGGCGUAAUAUCAGUGGCCUUUGAAGUUGUCGUGGGGACUCGCGACUCGCAACGAGGAAAAGUAAAACGCUCGUCAUCUACAGCUGGCGACUCCACGGCGUCACAGGCUGCACCACCUGCAUCUACCAUGUUGGUCAAUCCUGUCGACGGAGAGGAAUGGCCUGAGGCGAGUCCAUUGCCUGAUCCCCAUUCUGAAUACGAUACUCAGGAGGAUUACUUUCCCGAGGAGGAGGCACAUUGGGCCGAGUAUCCUGAAGAAUACCCUGAACACUUCCAACCAAUGGACCCCAUGGUUGCGCCUCCGGAGGUUGAUGAGCCCGCAGAUGAGAAAACACGGGCACGCCGCCACGAAGAAGCUCUUUUGCCAAGUCAACCACCAGACGAAAACGAAGCAGGGCCAUCGACGGUUCCCAUGGAUGGCCCGACCGCGCCAGUUUUGCCAGAUGAUCACCAUCUUCAGGACUAUGAACACCUGCCUUCGCCAGAUAUAAGCGGGCGGCCCCCUGCUCUCCGGUCUGCAGAUUCCCUGCAGACUGUCGUUGUAAAUGGAAACGCUGGACCUAGCGAGCCACGUGUCUCAGAUGAUAAACAAGAGCUUGAACGUCAUCGACUGCAGGGACAGGCAAGCGCGCCUCAAGAUGAGCUCAAUGGCCAGGAGCCUGAGCCUAGUGCACCGGUCUUCGAUGAAGACGACCAGUUGGUCGGCGGGACGGCGCAUGCGGACGAGUCAUUGCCUCGGUAUCAGCGUUGA